AUGCAUAUAGAAGAGAUAAUUUUAGAUGGGUUCAAAAGUUAUCCUACUAAAACAGUAAUAGGGCCAUUUCAUCCUCAAUUCAAUGCAAUAACUGGUUUAAAUGGAAGCGGUAAGUCUAAUGUUUUAGAUGCAAUAUGUUUUGUAAUGGGAAUUAACAAUCUAAAUUUAAUUCGAGUAAAUAGACUGGAUGAAUUAAUUUAUAAACAAGGUCAAGCUGGAAUAACAAAAGGAAGUGUUACCAUUAAAUUUAACAAUGAAGAAAAGCCUAGUCCUCUACAAGAACCAUAUAGAGAUAUGAAAAAUAUUACUAUCACUAGACAAAUAGUAUUAGGAGGAAGAAAUAGAUACCUUUUAAAUAGUCAUAAUGCAAAACCAAAAGAUAUAAGCGACUUUUUUCAAUCGUUAAAAUUAAAUAUUAAUAAUCCACAUUUUUUAAUUAUGCAAGGAAAAAUCACAAAAGUUAUUAACAUGAAACCCAUAGAACUUCUUGGUUUAAUUGAAGAAUCAAGUGGUACAAAACUUUAUGAAGUUAAAAGAACUAAUGCAAUUAAGUUAAUGAUAAAAAAGGAUCAGAAACUAAAUGAAAUAAAUAAAGUACUAGUAGAAGAAAUAGAGCCUACUCUAGUAAAAUUAAAAAAAGAAAAAGAAGAAUAUAACAAAUUUGUGAGUAAUAAUGAAGAAAUUGAAAAAUAUGAAAAAGUUGAAAUUGCAUAUAAAUAUUAUGUAGCUAAAAAUAUGAUGGAAAAAUGUCAAGAAAAAAUUGAAGAUUCUAAAAAUGAACAAAAAAAUUUAGAAAAAGAUAUAAAAGAUAUUGAAAAAGAAAUAAAUAAAUAUAAAAAAGAAAGGGAAAAAAUUGUUAGUGAAACUACUAUAGCAAAUGAACCUAUGAAGCUUCUUAUAGAAGAAAAAGAACAAUUAGAAAAAAAAAUUUCUAGUUUGAAAUCAGAAGCUAAAAUAGAAAAUAAAGAAAAGGAAAAAGAGAAGAAGAAAAAAGAAGAUAUAAAAAAAGAAAUAAAGCAUAUAGAAAAGAAAUUAGAUGAUUAUCAAAAAAAUGAUGAAAAAAAUAAUAAAAAUUUAAAAUCUUAUGAAGAUCUAAAGAAGAAAAUUGAUGUCUUAAAAGAAGAGUUAAAUGAGAAACAACGUACAUUUAAUUGUCUUUUAAGUGGAGGAAUUAAUAACAAUCAAUACACUGGUUCUUUUAGAGAACAGUUAAAAAAUUAUAAAACAGAUUUAAGCAAAACAGAAACUCAGAUAAACAAUUUAUUACAAAAUAGUAAACAUCUUGAAAAAGAAAUUAUAACUUUAAAAGAACAAAGAAAGAAAUUUGAAAAGGAGUUUAACGAAAUAAAUAAAGAAAAAGAAAUGGAAGAAAAAAAAAAAAUAUUAUGUGAAAAAGAAAUUAAUAAAUUAAAUGAGAAAUAUAAUAAUUUUGUAGAGUUAGAUAAAUUACAAGAGGAGAAAAAUAUACUAACAAAUGAAAUAGAAAAGAUAAAACAAGAAUUAAUAGUAUUGAAAAAUAUUGUCAAUAAUAUUAAAAUAGAAUAUAAGAUACCUAGUAAUAUGAAACCAACUGAUAUAUUAGGACAAAUAUAUGAAUUAAUUAAAAUUAAAAAGGAAUAUGGAAAUACUGCAUUAGCAGUUCAUUUGAUAUUAGGAGGAAAGUUAUCAUAUUUACUUGUAUUAAAUAAAGAAAAUAGUAAAAAAUUGUUUGAAUACAAUAACUUUUCUAAGAGUAGUAAAAGAGUCACAUUGUUGCCUUUAGAUGAUUGUAUAAUUUCUAGAGAUUUAAAUGAAAAAAAUAUUGAAGAAUGCAGAAAAUUCGUGGGAUUAGAUGAAAAAGACAAAAAAAAAGUUAUUUAUUUUUUAGAUAUAAUGGAAUAUGAUAAAAAAUUAGAAAAACUUAUUAAAUAUUUAUUUAAUGGUACUUUAAUAUGUUCAAAUGUUGAUUUAUGUAAAAAAAUUACGUAUAAUACAAAUAGAAAAUUAUCUUAUCCUACUAUUACUUUAGAGGGAGAUAAAUUCGAUACAUCGGGAAGUAUGUCAGGUGGGUCUAAUAAAAAUGUAAAUUUAUUUUUAUUAAAUUAUGAAAAAUAUGAAAAUAAAAAGAAAGAAUUUAAUGAAAAAGAAAAACAAUUAAAAAUUAUUAAUGAAAAAUUAAUCGUUUUAGAAAAAGAAGAAGAAAAAAGAAAAAAAUUUUCGAAAGAAUUACAAAUUUAUACAAACAAUUUAAGUAAUAUUGAAAAUAGAAUAGAAACGAGCAAAUAUGGAAAUAUGAAUCAAAAAAUAGAAGAGCAUAAAGAAGAAAUAGAAAAAGGAAGAAAAGAAUUAACUGAAUUAUAUGAAAAACAAAAAAAAUUAACCGAAGUUAUACGAAAAAUUGAAAAAGAUAUAUCAGAAUAUGAAACAAAUAAAGAUAAAAAAGAAGAUGAUUUAAAAAAAAGUAUAAAAAAGUUAAAAAAUAAAAUAAAAGAAUUAGAAUUAGAAGAACAUAAAAAAAAAGAAGAGGUAGAUGAUGUCUUUUUACAGAUAGAAAAUUAUAAAAAACAAAUGGAAAAGGAAAAUAAUGAUUUAAAUAGUGUUGAUGAAACUAUUAAGGAAAUAGAAAAAAAAAUAGAAGAAAUAGAAAAUAAUAUUAAUAUUACAAAGGAGGAUUUAAAAAAGGUAGAAGCAAAAAUAAUAGAACUUCAGGCAAGCUUUAGUUCAUAUGAAAGUGAAAUUAAACAUAUAAUAAAGACAAUCGAAGAUUUAGAAAAAAAAAAGAGUGAAGAUAUGUUAGAUUUAAAAAAAUUAGAAAAUAGCUUAAUUGAUUUACAAAGAGAAUUAAAGACAGCUAGUGACACAGUCAAAUAUUUAAAUAAAACUCAUGUAUGGAUAGAAUCAUAUGAACCAUUAUUUAAUAAAAAAUAUACUCCUUAUGAUUUUGAAAAUUUUAGGCAUGAUGUUAUAAAAAAAAAAAUACAAGCAUUACAAAAUGAACAAAAUAAAUUAUCUAUAAAUAUUAAUAGAAAAGCAAUACAAAUGUAUGAACAAGUGCAAGUAGAUUAUAAAGAUUUAAUAACUAAAAAAUCUCAAGUAGAAGAAGAUAAGAAAAAAAUACAGGAAGUUAUAGCUGAUCUUGACAUAAAAAAAAGUGAAAGUUUAUUAGCAAUGUAUCAACAAAUUAAUGAAUAUUUUCAAGCAAUUUUUUCUACUCUUCUUAAUAAUGCGCAAGCUAAAUUAUGUGUUAUAGAUGGAAACUUAUCCAAUGGAAUAGAAAUGAAAAUUGCAUUUAACAAUAAUUGGAAAGAAUCUCUAACUGAAUUAAGUGGGGGGCAAAGAAGCCUUUUAGCACUUUCUUUAAUUUUAGCAUUAUUGAAAGUUAGAACAGUUCCAAUGUAUAUUUUAGAUGAAAUUGAUGCAGCUUUAGAUUUAAAUCAUACUCAGAACAUUGGAGAUAUGAUAAGAACACAAUUUCCUCAUUCUCAAUUUAUUAUUGUUUCGUUAAAAGAAGGCAUGUUUUCACACGCUGAUGUUUUAUUUAAAAUGAGAUUUAUUGAUGGUAUUUCUACAGUUAAUAGACAUUCUCUAGAUAUUAGACAAAAUACAAAUAAAAAAGAAAGUAAUGAAGUUAAAAGAAGAAGAGUUACAAUUCAUGAAAAAGAGUCUGAUGAAGAUUAA